AAUCAAUCAGUCACUGAUCCCUGUCGACGUCGUGCGUUACGUCCUGACGUCAUCACGUCCUCACGCACCGCCAACUCACGCUUGCCUCCUCAAUAUUGACCGCUUAGCCGGCUAGCAUAAACACCAACCAACGAAUCUGUGGUUCAGACAUGGGGGCCCUGAUAUCCCGAUGGAAGACAAAGCCAACCACGGUGGAGCAGCUGGAGAACAUUGACAAGGAGAUCAAAGAGCUGGAGGAGUUCAGGGCCAAAAACCAACGUCUGCAAAAGCUGUGGGUCGGCCGGUUGCUCCUCUACUCGUCAGUCUUGUACCUGCUGACCUCACUGGUGGUGUACUGUCUCUACCUACCUGAACAAUGGAUGCAGAGACUAGCCAUGGCUCUGCCGUUCUUCACAUUCCCCGUGCUGGUUUGGUUUGUCAGGAAGUUCUUUUUCUAUCUCUUUUCCAAACGCACUGAGAGAAACAAUGAUAAAUUGGAAGAUUUAAAGGUUUCCAAAAAAAAGAUUCUGGAGGAAGUGAUGGAAACGGAGACGUACAAAAACGCCAAACUCAUCCUGGAACGCUUCGAUCCCGACGCAAAGAGGAAAGCUGAGCUGGAGUCGACUCCGGUGCGUCCUCCGAUGACUCCCCGGCCGGGACAAGAGAUCCGACAGAGAGGAAUGCCGAUGAGACCCGUGCCGAUGGGCACGCCGGGGCCAAUGACAAUGAGCCCCGCCCCCGGAGCCCUGCCCCCGCUGGGACCAGGGGGCACACCUGUGGGUAAGGGGGCACACCGAGCUCCAGGAGGACCGCCGGAGAGAUCUGCGCUGUCGGCCUCCGUCCUGCAGGGGGCGAUGCCCAGGACCCCCUGCUCCCCCAUCCCAGGAGUAGGCAUGCACCCACCAGGUCCUCCAUUAGCAAGACCCAUCCUGCCCAAAGACAGGGGGGCCGUGGACCGAGUCAUUGAAUACCUGGUGGGGGACGGACCACAGAACAGAUACGCUCUGGUCUGCCAGCAGUGUUUUUCUCACAACGGCAUGGCCCUUAAGGAAGAGUUUGAAUAUCUCGCGUUCCGUUGUGCGUACUGCUACCUGCUGAAUCCGGCCAGGAAGACGCGCCCUCAGGCUCCCAGGCUCCCGGAGUUCAGCUACGAGAGGAGGCUGCGCGCAGAGUCCCGCUCCCCCGGGCCGGCGCCGCGUUCCGGGACGGACACGGAGGAGAGUGCGCCCCCCUCUGGAGCCAAGGCUCCGGCUGCGUGGAAUUUGGUCCACAGUUUCCGGAUCCAGCAGAGUCCAAAGACCCCUCAGAACCGACCUCUGCAGAGUCCAGAUGAGAGGGAGUUGGGGGUGGACGAAGGACCCUCUAAUGAAGCACAGAGUGAGAGCCAAUCAGAGGAGCAGCGGGAGGCGGAGGAGGAAGCGGUGGCGCAGGAGGAGGAGGAGGAUGAAGCGGUGGCGCAGCAGGAGGAAGCGGUGAAGGAAGAGGAAGCGGUGAAGGAAGAGGAAGCGGUGGCGCAGCAGGAGGAAGCGGCGGAAUCCGAGCAGAGUCUCAGCGCCCCCCGAGAGGCCGAGUCUCUGCCUCCAUAGUCGCAGAGAGUCCAGAAGAGGACGGUCCGGUCCAGCAGAAGGUGUCGCUAUUGGCCACGACAGACAGGCGGCCUUUUAAAAGCAAUAUAGGUGGACGAGGAUGGUCACCAACGGUAGUUUGAUUAUAUUGUUCCUCCUUUCAACCAAAAAGUACACCGCUCACACUCUCCCAAACACGCAGAGGAGAUGAUGGAGAUGAUGUGCUCAGUAAAUGGUGUGUCUUCAAUAAAGUAAUGCGCCGCGCUCUUCACAUGGUCCAUUAGAAUUGUCCAAUGAUGUUGCCAGAAUAUGAAGUCGUCCACGUUUGGAAGGAAGUUCUUCUUAGAGCUGUUUGUCCAUAGAGCAGUGUGCUGCUUGUAAUGCUCUAUAUGUGGAGACUCGUAACCUCGCGGGUUCAGUCUUGUAUGAUUUACACUAUAAGGUUAUUUUAGGUUGGCUGGUUGUUUGGCUGCUGUAUGAUUUGUUAAUGGCGUGAUUUUAGGCAGAACUGCUGGUUCAUAGUUUCAGCAAAAACGUUCUUAAAUCCUAAUUCCUGGUUCUUAAUUUAGCUGACUCCACAUAUCUUGAAUACGAUCACAGGUUAUUGUGACACAAAUUCAGGUCUGGAACAUUACUGUUUUGUCGGGUUGUGAGAAUCCGGCCGUGAAGGUUUCACGGUUCUGCUUCAGCUUUCUUCACAUCCCACACGAGCUGGUGCCCUACUUUUAAAACUGCUCCGGUACGUUUGUCAUAUUAAAGUUUUAACCACGUUUUAACGCUGCCACAAGCGUCGUUCUCCUCGUUAGCUGCCCUCCGAUCUGCUGCCGAAUCAAAGAAAGCUGCUGCUGCACGUCUCUACAUUCAAUCCUUUGCUUCCUCUGCUGGUGAGAAAGUUUAAUGAAACUGAAGCUGAUCAGACACCAGACGUGUGGCGCACGUUUGUUUGUAGACUUUUUUAAAUGUGUGCGUAAGAUUUAUUGACAGCACGGAAACAUUUUACCAAUUAUUAAUUUAUCUCCAUCUGGUUUUUGCCAAUCGUGAUCCAAUCAGUUAAAUGAUCAUUUGCCAAACCCACCGUUUAACCUGUCAUUUCCUGAUGUCAUUUGCACUGAUUUUCUCUUUAAGUUAUUUGGCCGUAUUGUGUUUUAAUGCUUUUGAGGUAUUAAUCACUAUUGAGGAGUGUAGUCCUGGUCCGGGGCUCGGUAGCAUUUGACAUGUUGAUGUUUUCUCCACUUUUCAUUCGGUUUGUAACCGCGUGUUGUUAUCGUCAUGCCGUAGCGGUGUAAUCUUCACCGUGUCGAGCUGCUGUAGCAACACAAGGAGGUUUGUUGGCAUCCCGUGUUUCUUUUUGUCAUCAAAUAGAGCGAGAAGAAAUGAGAUGAGUGUCUAUGCAAAUGUAAAUAUGUGUGUCACCUGCGUUGUGCAGGUCUGGACCUAGAAACGCACACACACAGUGUACAACAACAACACUUUGAAAUAUGUAUUUUUAAUGUGUGUAAUUUAGGAUGUUCACACUAAUGUGUUUGUGUGUUUCUAGUUAGUUGUUGAGUUCCCCAAAAACUCACAACUAUCCCGAACAAUUAGAUAAAAGUUGCUGUUUGAAUCAGCACAUCGCAGCUAAAGUGCUUUUGGACAAAAAGUGUGUUGGAUGUUGAGAAACCGUGUGAUCAAUUCAAAAACUCGGUGACCACAGUUUGAUAUUUGAUGGUUGAAAUGUUUACAAGCUUUUUAUCCCUCAUAAGAACUGCUGGUGGUAAGAACGUGGUAAAAGUUCCAUGUACGAGGCUGUCACUUAUAUUUAAUAUUUAAAAGGUCUCUGAUUCUGACUUUGCUUUGCAUUUGUAGCUUUGUUUUGCUCCACUAUAUUUAUUCUUUACCUUUCUGCCAGCGCUGGCUGUCCUUACGUGGACGCAUGGCACGCCUAAUAAAAGUUUCUCAACAAUGA